AUGACUGUGGGCGAGCUGAUAUUAAGAACGGCGAGGUCGAGGGAGUCCCUGUAUCCCUCUCCACCACCAGAGCCCGAAGGAAAAACCAGAAGAAGGAAGAGGAAGGUGUUCAAGUUGCCCCCGGCACGGGCUCGCGUGGACACCUCCCCGCCUCCCUUCAGCAGGAGCGCGCUGGCGAGCCGGCUGCCCGGCUGGGGGCGCCGCGCGGGGGAGAUCACGAUGGAGAACAUGGCGCUGCUGCAGCACAUCAAGCGGUGGCAUUUCAGAGGGGGCAAAGUGGAUUGUCACUGGGAUGUGAUGCCUGGACCUUGCCUGAGAUUCUAUCACAACAGAGUGGACCACCUGAGGCACGUGCAGAGGGAGAACCAGGUCAUUUACAAGCUCAUAGCUAACACGGUACCCCGGGUGGAGACCACGGCGAAGCUCCGUCGCGAUUGGAAGCGCAACAGAGACAUCAUUAUCCAGGGCGCGGCGGGGAGGUUCGUGUUGUUCCCGCCCGUCCCUCAGGAGACAGUGGAGGACCCUGUGUUCUUGGCGCCGCCAGGGGUCAAGAGGCCCAGAGUAUACCUGACUCUCUGCGUGAAGAACUGCGCUCCGAUGGGCGAGCUGGCGAUAGAACUAUUCACAGACUGGUGUCCACAGAACUGCAAACUGUUCCUGGAGCUGGCGGAGGGAGACGGGCUCGGGCACGGCUAUGUCGGCACCACCUUCUUCAGGUUCUGGGUUUUUACACAUUGCGUUUGA